AUGGCCCCACCAGUCCAGCUUCCCACGAGGAAACUGGGAAAAGAUGGCCCACUUAUCAACAAAAUGGGCUUUGGUUUGAUGGGCAUCGGGGCUGCAUAUGGAUCUGUUGGCACCGAUGAGGAGCGUCUUGCUCUGCUUGACCGUGCUUGGGAGCUAGGAAACACAACAUGGGACACCGCCGAUGCAUACGGUGAUUGUGAAGAUAUCGUCGGCAAGUGGUUCAAACUACAUCCGGAGCGCCGACAGGAUAUCUUCCUCGCUUCAAAGUUUGGCCUGAGAGUAAAAUUUGGCGAGAAUGGUAGCUACAGUGUGGUCAUUGAUAGCACGCCCGAGUACGGCCGUGAAGCAUGUGAACGGAGUCUCUCUAGACUUGGCGUAGAGAGCAUUGAUCUAUACUACAUUCAUCGCCUUGAUGAGGUAACUCCGAUUGAGAAAACGGUACAAGCUCUGGUUCAAUUGAAGGAGUAG